CAGUGUUCGCCUCAGACACCAGUCCAUUACAGGCUACAGGAACAUAUACUGUACAUACAUACAUACAUACAUACAUCGGCUGAGCUUCGCACACAAGAAAUGGCAACCAAGUGCAUCAGUGUGACUCGUUUAAGUUCCACUAGUUUCAUCUGGGCAUCGUGGAACAGCAAGAGGGGUUUAUGGAGUGUCUAUGGGACUCCUGUCUGCCCCAGUGAGGAGGGUCAUGAGUCAGAGAAACCCGCAAAGGCUAAGUGCUCGGCUGGAAAGCCAGCGGAAAUCAACAGGACUGCCAGCCGGUGCCCCUCUCAAAAAGCCUUACAACUCAAGGUGAACAAGUUAGAAAACAAAUAUCAGAUACUGAAGGAGAAUUAUCAGAAAGCUCUAGCGCAUGCUGAAGAUAUCAAUCGAAGAACCAGAAAGUGUGUAGAAGAUGCGAGGGUGUUCGGUAUCCACAGUUUCUGUAAGGACAUGCUGGCAGUAGCUGACCUGAUAGAGAAGACCAUAGUGAGCGUGAGUGAGGAAGAACUGGCAGACUCCAAUCCCACCAUGAACAACCUCCACAAAGGUCUGUCUUUGAUAGAAGGGAAACUCUGGCAGAUAUUUGGCAAGCACGGCCUAGAGAAGAUGAACUCCAUUGGGCUCAAGUACAACUCAGCGGAGCAUGAAAUUAUCUCGCGGGUGCCUUCCUUGGAUGCCCUACCUGGUACGGUCGUGACAAUCAAGCAAGAAGGGUAUAAGCUUCAUGGCAGGACUCUAAGAUCGGCACAGGUUGGUCUUGCUAUUGAGACCCAACCACAUGUGAGGAAAGAUAGAAUGGGCUCUGGAGCAGUUGGCAGUCACAGUGUUGGUUGGAGGCAGAAACGAUAGUAAUUUAUAAACUAGGAACUUUUUGGGGCAUUGGGUUAUAUUCCUUUUACCAUCUAUCAAUUAUACUAUAUAGCUAAACGUACUAUAUACUAUGUAGUACUUUUGGCUACUAAAGUUUAGAGCUAUGUGUGAGAUUUUUUUAAGAAGUAGCUGAGAAAAAUAAAUCUUUCAUAUCAGAAUCUUAACUGUAAAGGGAAAGCCUUUUAAAAAAAAAAGGUAGUCUGUUGUGCACUGUACAUUUUUCAUCCUGAAAUCUCCAGUGCUUCCUAAUUGUUUAUUGCUUUGCCUUGAAAUGCCUUGUCCCACCCCACCUCUGUGAUCUUGUGAGGUCUUCCUCCUACCUCAACCCACUUCCUCCACUCUACUAGCUUGUGUCUGCUUCAUGUCCUCCGCCUCCUACCAUCAACGGGUGUGUUUUUAGUCACUUUGCUGC